UUUUUCUAAGCUACCAGAGACAUGCACGGGACCUGUUGUAUGUGAUCAACUGAGAUGAGGCGUUUCCUUUCCAUGGGAACUGUGGGGUUGUUGUUGUUUUUUUUCCCUUCAAACUGACGCCAGCACAGACGUGUCUAGGGUCUUUGGAAAUUGGCUGCGAAGAUGUUUAAAUUUCAUGUUUCCGGACCCUCCGGGCAAGACGAAGGGGAGCAAGAGGAGAAGAUCCAGGAAAACGCCUUCACCGAGCGCGAUCUGGCCGACCUCAAGUCCUCGCUGGUGAACGAGUCGGAGAGCAACAGCAGCCCCGCGGCCGCGGCGGCCGAUCCGGAGGCGAUCCGGCGUGUGCAGGAUCCUCAAAGGGUUUAUCAGGAGAAACUCCCGGAUCACAUGGAAGAUGGUAUAAAGCAUCAGGACACGGGGAUGUACAAAGGAUCUGCUUAUUCUGGCUACCCUUUUCUAAUGCUCUCAGACCCUUAUCUGCCAAAUGGAUCUAUGUCACCUUUGUCCAACAAGGUUCCUGUAGUGCAGCCGUCCCACGGAGUCCAUCCACUCACCCCACUCAUUCCAUACAGCAACGAACAUUUCAGCCAUGGCUCCCACUCACCACACCUGCCAGCCGACAUCAACCAGAAACAAGGUGUGCACCGUCCUUCCCAAACAUCGGAUAUCCCUGGUUUCUACUCCCUCCCUCCCGGCGGGGUUGGACAGAUAACACCCUCUAUGGGAUGGCAGAGCCAGUCUGUCUAUCCGCUCCCGUCAUGUGGAUUUAGACAGCCGUAUUCGUCAGCGCUCUCUGCUGGGGCUACUUUCUCCAGGUUUACACAUCCCCUGAUGCUGAGCUCUGGAAUGCAUACCACUGGAAUCCCUCAUCCAGCCAUAGUACCCCACUCCGGGAAGCAAGAAAUGGAUCAUUACGACCGGAGCAUGAAACCCCAACCAGAACCAAAGAGAGAGAAGGAAGCCAAGAAGCCCACUAUCAAGAAGCCCCUGAAUGCUUUCAUGUUGUAUAUGAAAGAAAUGCGGGCAAAAGUCAUUGCUGAGUGCACCCUGAAAGAAAGUGCAGCUAUCAAUCAGAUUUUAGGAAGGAGGUGGCACGCACUGUCCCGGGAGGAGCAGGCCAAGUACUAUGAACUGGCCCGGAAGGAACGGCAGCUUCACAUGCAGCUCUACCCAGGCUGGUCUGCUAGAGAUAACUAUUCUUCAGGCUCUUCAGCCCGUGAACACACUCAGUUAUACUCAGGGCCCCUGGAAUUCUGCGGCACUUCAGGGCCAGUUUCUGCGGCAAGGGGAAAAAAGAAAAGACGAGCAAGAGAAAAGCAGCAAGACUCCAAUUCAGAUCCCGCCUCUCCUAAGAAAUGCAGAGCUCGCUUUGGCCUCAACCAACAAACGGACUGGUGCGGCCCAUGCAGGAGGAAAAAGAAGUGCAUUCGGUACUUACAAGGAGAAGGACCCUGUUCCAGCCCAGUUUCUUCCGAUGGAAGUGCUAUAGACUCCCCUCCCUCUCCUCUGGAUACACUCCAAUGCAUAUCCUCUGCUUUUACUUCAGACAAGCUUGCUACACCUGCUGAUUUCGCACACGAAGAACAACGCAAUCCUUUCCCUACCUCUAUUCAUGUCAAAAGCGCUCCAUGCUCCUCUGGACUGACCACUCACUGCUCAUCCACGCCAAAUGUAGCAGUAGCAUCCAGCGACUCCUCAGAGUACAGUGUGCCAUCAACAGGAACAUAGUACCACACUGUACUAGUCAACACUUACUAAUGCAUGGGGCACUUUGCUUGUACCAAGUGGUUUUGCUGCCCAUUGAAAUGGACUGGAGGCCCAUCCAAAUUACCCAUCAUGCUGUAAAACUGUGUUUUCAGAGUCAAGGGACAGCUGUGUCCUGAGCCCCCAAAUGAUUCAAAGAUGCCGGAACAGUCAACGUUUUUAUCUAGAGCAAAGAUAGAAAAAUGGUGUCUCCCUCUAUAAAAAGGGUGAAAUGAGGACUCGCCAAAAUUAAAAAUGCCAAUCAGUAAACAAAUAUUUCAUCCCCACCCUGAGCUUCCUUUUACUGCAUCAUCUGCUCAAGUAGCUGAAAGUGAAAACUGACUCCCUGGCUUGUUGCAUUAGAUGGUAGGUGCUUAAGCAUUGGUUUCUGUUUCUUGCAUCCCAAACAGCUUUGAAUUGUAGCCAGUCACCGAUCUCCGGUAGCUAUUUCACCAUGGAGUUAGGAAAGCUGGUACAGGAGCCCAUCUCUGUCUGAGAGCUAAAUGUUGGGAAGCUAGAUUUCACUCUGACUGGCUUUUAAGAAAAAAGUGAAAUAUAGGCAAAUGAGGUGAAUAUUAUUAAACUUCUUGUUCAAGGACAAGAAACUAUUGUUUACAGGUAACAGGUCUUUCCAGACAUGUCCAGUUCUCUUAGCAUAUAGAACGGCAGACAAACAGUGAGAGCACUCAAGGCAGAAAAGGAAGCUUGGACUGGCUGCUUGAAGGUCUAUCUAUCCAAUGUUUCAUUGUUAUAGAGCUAAAAUACAAUAGUAACAUGUCAGUCAGGUGCAGAGUCCUCCUUACUGCUCAGGUUGUUCACAGUAAACACUGGAGAGUCAGACUCCUUCCAUAAGGGACCUUGCAAAGGCUCAAAGUAGAUCCCAUUUGCCAUUAAGGCCUUGAUCCUAUAAGUCCUUGCACAAGAACUGCAGCAGGGUGCAUGAGAUUAUUAAGAAUCAGCCCAAGUGCAAGUAGAGGCUAUCUGUAAGGUCAAAGCAUGGCCUGCUGCACAGAGCUGAUGUAACUCUCAAGUCCCUGUGCCCUAACUCCCUUACUCUUACAAACCCAGGGGAAGGUUGACAGUGGACAUGGGCUUGAGCAUGGUCAUCACGUUAAUGAGGUGCUUAGCGCCACUGUUCAGCCUUUCUCCCUGGAGAGGCAGGGAUUCUGAAGCAGAACACAGAGUCCCUGCUGCAGGGUUUUGCCCCCCUCACCUUUAACCUCAGGUGUCACUUUGCAGUGCAGGAUCAAGCUCGCGUUGUGGGUGUAAGUGAAAUGAGCUGGUAUACAGCUUCUACUAGCUAGUUACACUGGUGAAGAUUUUACAAUGCAAAUGAUUUCCUCUCUACUCCCUUUCCCAGCUAGUGGCUGGCAAACAUUAAUACAGUCUCUCUCUCGAAAGGGUCUAAGGAUUGCUGAUUUUUUUUUAUAUUUUGAGCCUGGUGAACGAAAACCUUUAGGGGCCAGUUUCUGAUCUCAGCUCCACUGAUGUAAAUCCAGAGUUAUUCAACAAAAGUAACUGGCAUGACUCCAGAUUUACACCAUUGUAACUAAGAUCAGAAUCCAGAUCCUUGUGGGUUUUUUCCUGCUUUAUAAAAAACGUAUUCUAGAGCAGUGAAUUUCCAACUUUUGUACUGGUGCCUCCUUUCACAUCACAAGCCUCUGAGUGCGACCUCCCCCCUUAGAAAUUAAAAACACUUUUUUAUAUAUUUAACACCGUUAUACAUGCUGGAUGUAAAGAAGGGUUUGGGGUGGAGGCUGACAGCUUAUGACCCCCCCCAAUAACCUCACAACCCCUGAGGGGUCCCAACCCCCAGUUUGAGAACCCCUGUUCUAGAGUGAAGAGAAGUACCAUAAAACAUGGGGGGGGGGCAGGGAGACUAUUUUUUUCUAUUGUACACAAUAGGAUUUGGAAUACUGAAUACAAAUUUCAAGUAGUAGUAUAUAGGCUUGCAAGAAAUUUAAAGGGACCUUUAAUAGACAAACUAUUUUUGUAUUUUUUUCUUAAGGCAACAAAACCUUUUUUUAUAUAUGUUUAUUUCAACUUAAUAGGUUUCUAUAUCAGAGACUGAAGAUUAGAAAGCUGCUUAUAGUGUAGCACACCAUAGUUACUGGUUUCCUCCACCCCCUUUAGUUCCUUUUGCUUCAAGCUGCUGUAGAUUUUUGGGGGGUAAGGGGGGAGAACCAUGCAAAUUCUUUGCAAGAAAAUCUAAAGCUGUUGCUUUAUUAGUCUCCAGUCUCUGUGCAACUGUAACCUCCCAUUAGUACUAAUAGAAGUUACAAGCACCAAUCCAAAAGAUCUUAUUUAACCCUUAGACCACUGACAUUAUCUAACCUGCCACACAUGUCUACAUAAAAGCAUAUGCUGACAGUCACCACAGGCUUAAUGAUGUAGCACUGGAUCAAUAUUUGAACUAGUAGCAUUUGAAUGAUUUCCAACCAGUGUGGAAGACAGCGUGGCCAAGUGGUUAAAGCUGAGGUAGGUGACUGUUUGCAGCUUAACCACUGACUGUGACCUUACGCGAGUCUCGUCACUGCUCCGUGCCUCAGUUUCCCCACCUGUAAAAUGAGAGUGCCAAUAUUUUUUCAAGUGCUCAGAUUCUCAGAUGUAAGGUGCUGUGGCCAUGACAAGUAUAUUAGUAUUAAAACCACAAGACAUGCUUCAGCUAUAGCAUGGGUUAGUGGUUGGGUAUGUUAGUCAAAAAAUUGGGUGUGACAAGUGAAACCUGCACCAACUGUGGUUGUACAAAACAAAUGUAACCUACCCCCUCAGCAGAUAUCACAGAAGAGUACAAAUGGACAAACAAAUGUGGCUAGCUAACAGGCCAGGAAGCUAUGGGGGGAAAAAGUCCUGCAGUAUGUAAAUAGCACCAUUUGACCAAGGGCCAAACUCGAUGCUGGAGUAAACAGACACCACCACCAUUGACUUCAGCAUUCAGUGGCAGUUGCACCUACUUAGUCUAAUGCUAACUGGGACCCCAGAAGUGCAUGGCAGCAUGUGGUAUGGUACAGGGAUGCAUUAAGUUGGGAAGGGCUCCCUGAUAUCACAGUCUACUCUUAGUUGAUUUCCAUUUCCCACUGUUGCAGGAUCUGCUUAGUGGCACUCUAGCUAACAGCCCCUGUUCCUCCUACAGCUUUUCCACUUGCCCACUUCGGGUGGAA